GGUUGCGUAGCAGCGCCGACAUUCGAAAGCAGAGGGUAUUUAACCGACCCCAAAUCAAUUUGCAAUUUCAGUCUAAAAUCGCGUUGCAGCGUUGCAUGAACUUGCCGAACAAAACGGAAUAAUUAGUCUGCGCUUACGUACGACAAACGAACAAGUCUAAAAAAUUUGAACUUGAAUUUUCAAACAAGCAAAAAACAAAAAACGAUUCUCGCAACACACAUUAGUGCAUGUUCUUUAGAAUGUCCGUAAUUGUACAACGUUCUGCGGAAAUCUAGUGUUUGUGUGUGUGUGUGCGUAAUUUCGCAUAGCCCGUGUUGCCCGUGUAAAUUGUGCUGUGGUUAAAAUACCGUAAUACCGUCACUCAAAUUGUAACACGCGACUCGCAUUUUGAAGACGAACCAGCCUAACAAGUCGAUCGCAAUCAGAAACAAUAAAUAACAAAUAAAAAAGUAAAUAAACGAAACUGAAAACUACUUAUCGGCGCUGCUGAGCCAUAUAAUUGAGUGAAGUGUAUUGCACUUGGUACUCGUACCGUAAUCGCGAAUCGAUUAUCUAAUAACAGCAAGUGGGUGCACGCUAAUGUGUGACCUAGAAAAAAGACGGUCGUGUUGAGAGCACUGGGGCAAAGUGGGUGAUACGUAGACGGCUCAAAGAGAAAUGAGCAAACAACUUUUCAGUCCAGACACGUUCGUUUAGCCAAGAAGUAGAGGCGGCGUUUAUAUCACGCGUUACCAAUCUCACACACACUUAAAUUAACCUAAAAAACCGAGCCCUGUUUCAAUUGACUAGCUGUUGCAGCUAUACGACAUCCUUGGGCUAUUAUAAAAGAAAAAAAAGAUGAAUUGAGAUAUUUCUGGAAAGAAGAAAGGGAAAUAAGUACCAAUGAACGAAAAAGUAAAAGUGUUGUGAGCUGUUGGAACACAAGAGCUUUCAGCAGAUAAACCGUUGACAACAAACAAUAACGCUUUGGUGGAGUGCAGGUCUUUACGCACAGUUACAGAAAAACAGUGUGCAACCAGUCGGAAGCAAAUAACCAGCCAGCCACCAGUAGUGUUUCCUAAUAGAUAUUAAUAUUAAAGAUCAAAAGCAGUAACAUCGAAGGAAUACAAAUUUCCUACACAAAACAUUAGAUUUCUACUUAAAUAAAUUAGUUAAUCCGGUGAUAUCGACAAGCAAGUGAGAUGAGUGAAAUUCAAGACAAGCAAGUGCAAGGACACAAUAUAGAACAUUCUGUCGUGCCUGCUGUGAGCUCCGAAACGUCUACAGACUUCAGGCAGGAAAUAGGUCGCGCAAGUCAGGUUAAUGCCACUCAAGCUAGUGGUGGCCAUACAUUUGUGGUAACAACAGUUGUAACUGAAACGGUUACCAAAAUAGGGAGUCAAGCAUCUUCAACCAUACCAAAAGCAGUCAUCUUCGAUAAUGCAGAACCAUGUAUUUCGACGAACUCCCAAUUAUUACAACAAUCAGAUUUGUCUAAAGCAGUUGUGCCCAUUUCAUCGUCAUUGCCAUCAAAACUGCUAAGGUUUCAUGCUAAACGCUCAGCUGAAGCCUUGCUGCAACGACUAGGACCAUCACAGUCGUUGGACUCGCAAUUCGGUAGCGAUGAAGGUGCUGUUGGGGGCAGUGAAUAUGAGACGAAUCACAGCCCAGAUGUCUUUGAUAUGCCUAUCCCACUGACUGCCGCACAUGCGCCACUGCCGCUUAGGAGCUCAUCGGUCGAGUGCUAUGAGGAUAAGUUAAUUGAUGUGGGUAUGGGUUCCUCCAUAGAGGAUUCUGAAGAGUCAGAGGAGGACGACGAAUUAAAGCCUCUCGCUGUCGAUAAUCAUGUAUUGCAUGAUGUCAUUUUAAACCCAUCGCCUGUAGAAUGCGAUAAUUCACAAGAUUCACAAGCCGGUCCUAGUUUGAGUACACCUGCCCAGGCAGUUCUUAGCGAAGCCAAUUUGGAAAAGUUUCACAAACAUAAUACCUCACAUCAAUGUCAUCAGAACGAUUAUUACCGACAAAUGGAUAACAUAUACUUACAUCCGAAUUUUAAACUGGAGCCUGAUACCAUAAACCAGGAUAUUCCAGAAGCAUCGCCUCCCCCUGCUAUAGCUCCAGCUAAUUCACCAACCGAACCAAAGCGAGUACAUCGCUCUUUUUUGACAAUGAAGAAGCCUUCUAUAUCGGAAUCUACAGAAACUGAGGAGCAUAUGAUAAAAACUGUAGAUCACAACUCAACGUCAACGCCCACAGAAAAAAGUCUAACAUCUGAAAUAAAAACGGAUCAUCCACUUACAAAUGAAAUUGAUACAUUGGAUCCUUCAAUGAUACCAAGUGAUGAAUUAGCUACUGAAAUUUCUGAAGCUGUAGAAUUUUACUUCUCAAAUGAUAGUAUACUUAAAGACGCGUUCCUGCUUAAGCAUGUGCGCCGUAACAAAGAGGGUUUCGUCAGUCUCAAAUUGGUUUCCAGUUUUAAACGUGUCCGCCAGUUAACUAAAGAGUGGAAAGUUGUUGGAGACGCUUUGCGGCGCAAGUCUCAUAAGAUCGAACUGAACGACCUGGGCACAAAGGUGCGGCGCAUUGAGCCUUUACCUAAUUUCGAUGAAACAAUGCCAUCACGCACCGUUGUAGCUUGUGAUUUACCACUCGAUAAGCUAACCAUAGAAAAAGUUUCGGAAAUAUUCUCGAAAUGUGGUGAAAUCGCAUUGAUACGCAUUCUAAAGCCCGGUAUGGCGAUCCCCGUGGAUGUUAGACAGUUCAUGAAUAAAUAUCCAGAGGUGCAACAGAAAGAAUGUGCACUUGUUGAGUAUUUGGAGUCUUCCUCAGCGCGUGAAGCCAAAAAUUUGCAAGGACCGUUCCAAGUGUUCGAAAUGGUGGCUCCGAAGAAAAAGACGGGUAAAAAAGCAAUCAUUCAGGUGGCCACACCGGUUGCUCGAAUGGUCGAAAAUUAUCGCUACUAUAAUGACGCCACCUACGAACGUACACGCGGAGGCAGUUUCAGCGGCAUUGUGCCCCAUGAUGUGACAGAUUUGCGUUACAAACUUAAACGCUUCAAUUCAGAUAUCCACCCCAAACCACUGCCAGAUCUUCACCACAACACACAACCACAAUUACAUCUUGUGCAGAACAACAUGCAUAGCACACAGCAUCGCGGCAGCUUUGGUAAUGAACACUCACAUCAAUUUCAAGCUUUCCAGCCUCGUGUGGCUGCUAAUAGCGAAACGAGCUUACCUGGCGUCAGUGUGUCCAACGGCAACAACAAUACUGGUGCUUAUUUCUACGCGUACUCACCACGGCGCUACAGCAACAACUCAACUAUCUCGGCAGGCUCCGCUACCGUUGUGGAUGCAACGGUAAAUACAUCACCAAUGACCACCAAUAUAACCAACAAAAAUACGGUUAACAACUCAAACAGCAACUUGGUGCGACGCUUGUCUAAUUGUUCAGACAAUUACUCAAGUUUUUCGGAUUCACGUCGUCCAUCGAAUUGUUCGGAGCAUAUGUCACAACGUCGUGACUCCAACUGUUCUGAAAAUUGUCCGUGCUCGAGACGCAUAUCUGACUUUGGUCAAACAGAGGUUUAUCGCAAAAUGUCUCAAAGCUCUACUGGCAGUGGCGGAGAGCGCCGUUUCUCCAACGGUUCUAUGCAGUUCGAACGCACGUUUUCCAAUCCGAACGAGAUGACUAACAGUGGGAAUAAUAAUUUUCCACGACGUAUGUCUAAUGACUAUAACUUUGAACAGCGCAAACAGUCUGUGGACACACAAACAGACCCUACCUAUGAUGAUCCAAAUGUAGGUGGUGGUGGCGGCGGUUACAAUGUUUUUCCCCGUCGCUACUCAAAUAAUUUCAAUGUGGCCAACAAAAUGGCUGCAUAUGAUAAUGCUCAGUAUAUCAAUGGUCGGCGUAUAUCCACCGACUCCGGUUAUGAUCGGCGUUACUCGUUCGGUUCUGAAUAUGAGGGUUCGCCACGCUCAAGAACCGGCAGUUUUUUGAACAAUUACAAGCAUGCUGUUGAUUUUGAUGGUCAACCGCGUUCACGAACUGGUAGUUUUCUUGACAACUCACCACGUUCACGUUCGGGCUCAUUCGCACAAAGGAACGCCGAAAAUUUGGUUCGUACACCAAUAGGACCAGAUGGUAGCAAGGGCUUCGCUGGUCGCUCCAGAAAGUUUGGACAAACAAUCUCACCUGUCAACUGAGUGCCGAAAGAAUAAAACUAAUAUGAUCUUGUAUAAGUAACAUUUUUUAUAUCAGGAAAUGCAUCGACUCUUAUUUACGGCAUGUCGACUCUCCAAUAUCCACUAACAUUAAAAUUUGUAGUCUUUUUCUUUCUGUUGAAUCAUCUGACGUUUUUAUAUUAGUAUGGAAAUAGGGCACUUAUUUACAAGAAACAUGGAAACACAUGCGAGCAUAUAACUACUUAGCUGAUAACUUAAAUAAUACACAUAUCUAUCUACCAACUUUUUUGUUAAUUCUGAAUACUAAUAUAAUGUUAUAUGCAAUAUUGUUAACUAUGUUUAUAAAUAUGUUUGUGAUUUCUCAUGUCGUAAGUGUGGACAAAUCGCCAGCAGAGAAUAAAAAUAUUUUAAUUUUUAGCUUUUUAGCUGAACACAAUUGUAUUGCUAAUACUGUGUUCAAAAUUGUCGGCAAACUAUUAUUGCAGAGUAGAGAAAGAAGAAGAACAACAACAAAAAAUUAUGUUUGCCAGCUUGGCGAUUUGUUUUGAUAAAGUUUUCGUCCAAUUGUGACUUUAGUUUCAUAAGAUUAUACAUAAGAGAGUUUAUAUUAAAAUCAUCUGUAUUCGUACUUUUGUUAAUGAACUACUCGAGUAAUCGUUUUGGGAUUGGUUUUGUAAAAAUCUUUCCUAUUUUUAAUUUAAUAUAAGUACAAAAUAAAAUAUUUUAUAAAUCAA